CUCACUAACAUGGAGACGCCACGACUUACUCUCAUCCUGCUUAUGUGUGUUGUGUUGUGCAGUCUGAGAAGAAUCUCUGGAGAAGAAGUGGAGAUGAAAGUCAGAGCAGGAGAAAACCUCACUCUCUACUGUGAUCUCUCUAUACCUACUGGUUCCCUCAUUUUAUGGAUAAGAAACUGCUCUCAUGAAAACCAGCCCUCUUUAGUAAUGGAUUAUAGGAUAUUUGAAACAACUAAGCAUUUUAGCUUCAUCCACAACACUGCCAAUAAUUCUUAUGAUCUUCAUAUUACUAACAUCAGUGUCUCUGAUCUGGGGCUGUACUACUGUGUAAAAACAGAGAAAAAGGUAAUUAAGGAUGAAAGAGGCAUCAUCUCUGGAUCUGAGUUGUACCAAUAUGGAAACCGAACAACUCGUCUCUCUCUUGCAGAGACGUCCUGUUCUGAGCUCUUGAACAACACCUCCACUCCUGGUGUCUCAGAGUGUGUUUUCUGCUGGAAUCUGCUGCUCAGUGUGUGUUCGGUGUGUGUUCUCCUCUUCUCCAUCGGUGUCUACUGCCUCUGUCAGAAGAAAACUACAGAUGCUGCAACAGAUCAAAAAGUCCAACUGCAAAGAAGAAAUACAGUUGAGGGUGAAGAUGAAGAGGUGUGCUAUGCGUCUUUAGAUAUGAAGACCAGAAGACAGAAAAAACGCAAGACAAAGCGAGUGCAGUGUUCAGACUUCAGUACAUAUGCUCAGGUCAGAACAGAAACUGAAUAGAGCUAAAACAACAACAACUGAAGUGCA